AUAGGAUAGGGGAUAGGAAGCUCUAGCAAUCUGUAUCAAAAAAAAUCUCAUUUGUCUUCAUAUUUUAUUAGUCAACUUUUCAAUCUCUCAAGAUUCUAUUCCAAUCACUUGUUUUUAAAUUAAUCAACCUCUACAUAUCAACUGUUUUAUCGGAUACAUGGAGUGCUUCAAACUUUCUCAUCAGCCAAACAUCCAUUGCUGUUGCUGAUGAGAUUCUCAAAAUUUCCCAUCUUUGUUGCACUCAUCUUCUCUGUGUCCACUCCAGCUUUCGUUUAUGGUGUCGACGAACGCUACGACAAGUGCACGCCAUUUGACUGUGGAAAUGUCACAAUCAGCUACCCUUUUUGGGGGAAUGACCAGCCAGAGUAUUGCGGGCAUCCAGGAUUCAAGAUUGAUUGUGAUGAUCAGCACAAGGAAAAUAGUACCGUCCUGAUAGAUAUCAUGUCUUUCAAGUACAAAGUCAUGGGGUUGGAUCUACCUUCAAAAGUCUUGAAACUGGCAAGGACAGAUUUCCUAGACAGCAUUUGUCCGAAUCGCUACGUUAACACCACCUUAAAUGAUUCCCUAUUCAUUUACACAUCCAACGAUGAGAUCGCCACGCUGUUGUACAAUUGUGAACCAUCACAAUCUCAUUCAGAGAAUGAAUUUCAAUGUCCUUCUCGAGAAGCGUACUUCACGACCUUGGAGAUUCAAGGGAAUGGAAGCGAAGAGGGGAGGUGCAAUGUGAGUGUUGUUGUUCCAGUUUUGAUGAAUGCUGUGAAAAGGUUUGUUGCAUAUGCCCUGAGUGUUAGUCAAAUUAUCAAUGAAGGAUUUGAGGUGAGCUGGAUUAUAGAUCAAGACAAGUGUUCAGAGUGUGUUAAGUCUGGUGGGAGAUGUGGAUAUAACUCUACAACUGAAGAGUUCAGUUGCUUUUGUCCUGACCAAGCUUAUUCAGAGGCCUGCCCAAGCCCACUAGAGCCUGAAAGUCCUGCAAAUGAACCUACAAUCGCAAUUGUGAAAGAUCAAUCGAGAUGGAAGCUGAAGGUUGGCAUAGGAGUUGGUGCCUCUUUUGGCAGCGUAGCCAUUAUGUGCACCAUAUUCUACUUCUAUCUACGCCACAUCAGAAAACAAAAUUCUCCUUCUUUAUAUUUGCUCUCUCGAAACAUCUCUUCCUAUCCCUUAUCAGUGAAAGAUCAUGAUAAGGGAGAUAAAUUCUUAGGAGUCCAUACAUUCAGCUAUUCUGAACUUGAAGAGGCCACCAACAAUUUUGAUGAAGCCAAGGAACUUGGGGAUGGAGGCUUUGGCACAGUCUAUAAAGGCAAACUCAGAGAUGGUCGUGUUGUUGCAGUAAAGCGCUUAUAUGAAAACAAUUACAAGAGAGUUGAACAAUUCUUGAAUGAAGUUGAAAUCUUAGCUCAUUUGCGCCACCAUCAUCUUGUUUCACUUUAUGGGUGCACCUCUCGUCGUUGUCGUGAACUCCUCCUCGUGUAUGAAUAUGUUCCAAAUGGCACUGUUGCUGAUCAUCUUCAUGGAGAACGUGCUAAACCCACCGAACUUCAUUGGCCUAUUCGAUUGAAGAUUGCUAUUGAGACUGCAAGUGCAUUGAGAUAUCUCCAUGCCACUGAUGUAAUCCAUCGCGACGUAAAAACAAACAACAUUCUUCUUGACAACAAUUUCGAUGUCAAGGUUGCAGAUUUCGGACUCUCACGACUUUUCCCAACAGAUGUCACCCAUGUUUCGACUGCUCCUCAAGGGACUCCUGGUUAUGUGGAUCCAGAGUAUCAUCAGUGCUAUCAGCUGACUAGUAAGAGUGACGUGUUUAGCUUUGGAGUGGUCUUGAUUGAGCUGAUAUCAUCAAUGCCCGCUGUUGAUAUUACCAGACACCGUCACGAGAUUAAUCUGUCAAAUAUGGCUAUUGACAAGAUUCAAAACCGAGCAUUGCACGAACUUGUAGAUUCUUCUCUGGGGUUUGAAACAGAUCCGUCAGUAAGGAAAAUGAUAACGGCAGUGGCAGAGUUGGCAUAUCAGUGCCUUCAAAGUUGUAAGGAAAUGAGACCCUCCAUGGUAGAAGUGUCCGAGAGUCUACAAAAUAUACAAAGUGAUGUCUACAGUGCUAAGAAGGCAGAGGAAAUGGAUAUUCCAGCAGAUGAUGUUGUUUUGUUGAAGACUGCUGGUGUUCAAUUGACAUCUUCUCCAGAUUCUGUAUGAAUUGGGUUAGUGAAUGAACGACACCUGAUAUGAAUGCUUGAAUUUUCCUUUCUCUUUUCACUCAAUUGCAACAAGUGCUAAAACCUGAAUUGAGUGUUUGAGAGUUCCUGUUUUAUAAUAGGAUGUGUAUAUAACCUAGGAGCUUUAGCUUUGAUGUGUCUUCUACUGGUGGUAUUGGGGGCAUUCUAAGUUCAUUCAAUUGAUUUUUUUUUUUAAUCUUUCUAUCAAUUAAUAGAUUAAAAAAUGAUUGUUUUAUUGGUA